AGCUGCACUUUUCUGACUCCGGUAAAAAGGUGUUGCACGCACCAGACGACGGCGAAGGUUCGUCUACCGAUGCUUGGUCUGCUCAACUCGGAAAUGCGAAUCGGAAUUCUAAAGUGGAUGACCGCUUUGAGUUUCUGGACAACGAUGCGAGGGGAAGUAGCAAUCAAGGCGAGGAUGCUACUUUAUUCUCUUCUGCUGAGCAGUAUGUUCAGCGUGAGCUGCCCUUGGACCGCCCGACAGAGGCAGCAAAAAUUGGCGCCACGAAUAUUGCAGACGCCGGCUUCUUCAGUUUCAGCGCGUCUUCAUUUUCCCAGUUGCGAGCAGCUCAUGUCGAAGAGAAGCAAGGGUAUCUGUUGGGCAGUGGCUCAUUUGUGAGAAGAGCAUUUUCGCCAAUUUUCGGAGUAAGGAGUCAGAUAACGAAGGCUUUGAUUCAGAAUGAGUUUGCUGCAGACCGCGUCGCGGAUGAAGGAGACGAAGUAGACGGGGAGAUGACAUCAGGAGAAGACGCGAGGUUUACUAGUGAUCAUGGUCCCAGUGUGGUAUAUGUCCUUGAUGAUGUUCCAGAUGAAGCACAUGACCGUGUUGACCACACGGAAAUACAAGAAGAACAUUCAUCAGAGAGUUACAACAGCGGAGCUACGCCUGGUGUAGCGAACCUCCUCGGCCUCUGCUCUUUGUCAACUAUGCUUGACAUCAACAUGUGCACAAGCAACUUCGUGGUUCCCGACGACGAGGAGCCUGUUACAUCAACAACAGACUCAACAUCUCCGUUUGAACUAUUCGCGGAGUCUUCAUCUUCUGAGGGUUCAUUUCCCACAUCAUCUCCUGUUGCUGGCGCCACGUCAUUUCUGUCAUCCGCAAAAAGUGCACCUGGUGGCGUAGGUGGUACUGCACCAGCACAACAACCGGCUGCUGGAGGCUCAUCUACUUCAGGGAAUGGAGGACCCCGACCUGGAAUAAAUGUGCAAGCUGUGGGAGGACAACAUCAGCAUGGCCAUGGACAAGAUGAUGGACAUUCUCAUGAUGCAGUUUGCUCUACGCCCUUUCUGAUCCGUUGUCAGUUUGCUUCUUCUGAUGUCCAAGAACAAUGUCGCAGACUUUGCUCACCGUUGACAUUGCCACGCGUCGUUCGUACAGGUCUCGCAGUAAGAUCAUCCAUCGUCGCCUUGUUCACUUUCGGUCUGGCUGUCAUCGUCUGCGGACUGUUGUCUAUGCUAGUGAGCUGGCUGAGGAAGCUGCGGCGUGAGAUGUUCAGAGUCCGUAAGCCUGAACGGCGCAAAAAAUUGUACUUUGGUAUGUUGGACAUGCACUUGGGUUUCCGCGACCACGUACCGGAGAAAUGGCUUCCGUUAUAUGUACGUUACGCGGAGGAUCAGGAAGAAAUAAAGAAAAACAAGUCCUGGCAAGGUGCAGCUAGGGAACAACUACAAAAUGGAGCUGGGCUUAGAGUUCCAGUUGGUAACGGAACAAGAACAGCAACAACAAAGGAUGGUCAUGAUCUGCACCAGGAGAUGUUGAAUGAGAACAGUUUGAACUCCCUGUCUGGUAAGGAUUAUAUGGGUGGUGGAGCCGGAGGCGUCGUUUCCGUUGCACGCCUUGAUAACAACAUCAACAUGAUCACAGGUCAACAACAUCCAGACGUUCGGCCACAUCCCCAGCACGCGGCUUCCUCGGAAGUCUCCACGAGUACAUCUGAUUCUGAAGAUGAAAACUUCAUGCAAAAAACUGGAGGAACAAGUGUUGUCGGAGAAGGAACAAGUGCGAAGAAUAGUACAAGAACCUCUCCUAGUACCAAAGACAAUCAACAAAACACUACUAGUACAACUUCUCCUAAGAGAAGAAGUAAAAGCGUAGCUUUUGAAACAUCAAGACACAUGUCUGAUGACGAGAUGACAAGUGGUUCCGCGGUCACUACACGCCAAGAAAGCGCCGUCGAACCUCUUGGGACUAGACAAAGGUCUCAGUGGCCAGGAGAGCAAACGGGUUUCAGCCCUUCAUCGUCUUCAAGAGUAGUUGGUCCUACAGGUACCGCGAUGAUUAAUGAUAGCGGGAAUGAGGACGACCCAAGUAAUAGACAGGGAAGGACGACGAGAGAGACGAAC